AUGGCAAAGAAAAAGGUCCUCGUAACCGGCGCCACAGGUCUUCUCGGCCGCCAAGUCGUUAGAGCAUUUGACGAAGCGGGAUGGGAUGUUAUCGGCACAGGUUUUUCACGUGCCAAUCCACCCCGGAUUCUAAAGCUCGAUAUCACGAAUCAAGAGGAUGUGGAGAAGGUCUUGGACGAUGUCAAACCGGCCAUUAUCAUCCAUUGUGCUGCUGAGAAGUCACCAGAUAGAUGCGCUUCCGAUCCAGAUGGCACAAAAGCCUUGAACGUCGCUGCGUCUCAGCUUCUUGCCGAACAGACUGCCGCUCGUAAUAUUGUGCUUGUAUACAUUUCCACAGACUAUGUUUUUGAUGGAACUCCUGGUGGAGCACCGUACGAGACCGAUGCGGAGACCAGUCCACCGAACUUUUACGGUGAGACGAAGCGUGAUGGCGAGAUCGCCGUGAUUAAGGCUAGUGAUAGGGCAGUGGUGCUUAGAGUGCCCUUGUUGUUUGGUUCCGGAGACAAUUCUGAAAGUGCGGUCAAUGUUUUGAUUGAUACCAUUUGGAAUAAAUCUGGGAAAGAGAAAGUUGAUAUGGAUCAUUGGGCGAUUCGAUACCCAACAAACACCGAAGAUGUCGCUAGAGUUCUCAAGGAUAUAGCAGAAAAAUACACAUCGGAGGACCCGACAAAACUCCCAAGGAUUCUGCAGUUCAGCUCGGAGGAUAGGUGUACUAAAUACGAAAUCUGCGAACGGCUCGCACAGGCCCUGGGCCUUCCUAUGCCUCAUAUUGUCGCGAAUAGCACUGUAGACCCGAACCCCUCUGUCAAACGUCCUUACGAUUGUCACUUAUCGACCAAGGCGCUCAAGGACCUCGGAAUUAAUGUCACAACAAUGGAUUUUGAAGCUUGGUGGUAA